AUGCAUCACCCAGGUCACCCACAAAUGUUCGAUCAGAACUGCUUGCGAAACCAACGCCAACUGCAUGAGCAUAUGACAGUCUUGGCUGAAACAACACUGCAAGUUUUCACCCCUGAAUUCCGGGCAGGCGAAUCUGGUUGGGCCUCAGAGGCCGCUGUGGACGCAGUGCCUCCCAAAGCCUUUCUUCAAAAGUUCUUACCAGAAAGCGAGACCUUCUUCGUAGACUCCAGGAAUGGCAUGUUUAUACGUGGACCGAAGUUUGGUUUGCUGAGGGCCGCUCUUGAAAACUCAAGGAAAGUCGUCAAGUCCCUCGUCCGUACAUGUAUCGAAGCAGACAUUUGGAUGAAAGAGGCAGCCACGCUCACCAUGGACAAAACGAGAGACCCAUCAGCUAGACCGUGCAGAGAGAAGCAAGCGGUGCAAGUGGCGCAACUAGCUUACGGGCUUGCUGCGUGCCGGGUUGUUUGA